GCGGUAAGAAGCGCUCCUCCGGCAGUCAGUUGUUUUGCUUCUUCGGCUUAACAUAGACGUUGUCAGCGCACACGAUUCUCGACUAAUAAACAUUGCGCGAGUCAAAAAUCAAGUGCGUGAACACAGUUGAAAUAUGUGAUUUUUAGUGUGCUUCGUUUUGGAUAAACUAAGAGAGGACUUGCAAAUGACUUUGGGAUUAUACAGCAAAAGUGAAUUUUUUGAAUCUGGCAGCAGUAUGGCUCCUAAUUCAGAAGAAUCUUCUCGAAUAGGACAGUUUUCCCUCAUAGAAGAUGCUUUAAAUAAGGAAAAACAAAGGCCUCCAAUUUACAACCCAGAAGACUACGCAAUAUCCCUAAAAAAAUGGGGUAGAAAAAAUGCAAAUGGCGCCAUGGUUACUCUCUAUACAAACGCAAGCACUUCGGAUCUAGAGUGCCGUAGUUCGCAAAGUAACUCAUUCAGAGACUACAGGAACCCAAUGUUGACUUCAUUAGGUUCUGAAAUGACUUUAAGACAAUUUGGGACUGUAACGGAACUCUUGGCUAAGUUAAAGUCGGAUCUGCGUCUGGCAUACCCAAGUUUUGUCCAAGAGUUCGUUGGUGACCACCUAGAUGGCGUCACCCUUCUUCUGGACCUUCUCAGGGCAAUUCAACUUAGCCAAUCAAACAAUGGCCACCAAACCACAGGAUCCAGUAACACGACUGGCAAAGUUCCGCCGUCCGUUCAAAGAAGGGCCCUCUUGGAUGAACUUUCGUGCCUGCAAUGCCUGCUUAGUUGUUGCACACGGUACUCUGAAGCAGUAAGAAAGUUGACGGCCUCCUCUGCGAGUCUUUUCACGCUCGCAAUUUGUAUAAUGAGUAAUGUAAACAAGAGCAGAAUUAUAGCACUGCAGCUACUUACAAAAGCUUGUGAAAUGUCAAGCAACGGUCAUACAGCUGUAUCGGAAGCGAUGUCGACUUUGAGGUUAAGAUUCGGGGAACCUAUGAGAUUUAGGUUCUUGAUAGGCAUGUUGACUUCAGCAGGAGGUCAAACUGAACUUCUAGCCGCAGGGAUGAAGUUUUUGAACACAUUUUUGGACACUUCUGCCUCGCAACAGAAACGAUUGUACAUACAGGCUGAGCUUGAUCAGGCUGGAUUUGAUAUAGUAACAAUAAAAAAGAAUAUUGGCAAUAAUUCUUCAUGCCCAGAUAUGGUUUUCGAAGAAAUAGAUCACUGGGACAAAAACCAUAUAGAUAUAGAAACAAUAUCAAUUAGAUUGGAAGAUGCUGAAAGGGAAAAUGAUUCAUUAAGAGAUAAAGUGCUGCUAUUGGAAAGAAAAGUUCAGAUUUUACAAGAAGAAAAGGGUAUACUUAUAUCUCUUGAACAAUGCUUAAAGGAAAGGUGCAGCGACCUACAGGGUGAAGUAAAGUCCCUAAAAUCUGAUAAAUCGAUGAAAGGAACAUUGCAUUUUACAGACAAAAAAGAUAUCUCCCCAACUGCAGACGAUGAAGGCAUAUCAUCAUCAGAACGUAGUCCAUCACCUGAGCAAGACAUUUUGGUACCACCUCCGGAAGUAUACAACAUGUACACCAACAAAAAUGAUACCAACAACAAAUCAGAUGAAGACGAGGAAACCACUAUUGACGAAGUUAUAGAAGAAUUAAAGAACAUUAUCAACGACGCCGAAACAGAGCAAUACGUAAAAGAGGAGCGUACUAAACAACUGGAGCGCAAAAGGAUUGAAGAGGCGCAAGUGAAAAGUAAGCUUGGUAUACGUAUAGACAUAGAUGAUUUUGCUUUGGAUAACGAGACCGAGAUUAUACCUACAAAUAUCUACCCGCAACCCCCAAGGAAAGCAAGGAGUCUAGUUCAUCUAUUUCACCCAGCUGAAGAUUACGAUUACUGCAACAAUAAGGAGUUGUUCUUUGAGAAUGAGACGGCUUUUACUAGUGAGGAAGGAUCGGAUUCAUUGCUAAGUGCGUCGAGGUGCCAACUACCAAAAUUGGAGAGGGAUAGUACACAAAACCACAGAGUAGUUGUGGAUACAAGAGAGAAGCCCAAAGUUCAAGAACGAAGAUCCAGAACUUGUUCUAAAAACAGUAUUAAGAGAUCUGAAUCGUUUAGACAUGUGGAAAAAACCAAUGCUCUUGUGCACGCUAAUGUUAAACAACAAAGCAGUUUUGAUGGGUCGUAUUAUUACAACACCCCCGUGAUGAUGUACCAUAAAAAACAGAAAAUAGUAGCUGAUCUACAAGCUGCCAGACUUAAGUCUAAAAGUCUAGACAGGAUAGACGACGGGUUAGACUCAAUGGUGGACAUAGUCGUUACAGAUCACAAACUAGGGAAAACUGUUAAUAGAUUCCACACCAAAAGCGAUUCUGGUAAUGUUUCGGGAACAUCGCUUUCCCGUAGCAUAUCCAAUGUAUUUUCGAGCAACAAUAGAAAAUCAAAAUUAAGCUGCCAUUCCGAUGAUAAACAAAAAAUGUUUUUACCAGUACAGAGGGACCAUGAUGUUCCGUAUUAUUUUCCAAGAAUCCACGAGAAAAAGACCAGCACUUCAUCCAGUUUUCUUAUCAAACGAGGGCACACAAACGCAGGGUUGUAUUCAGGACAAAUACACCACCAGCAAUCUUUAACAAAACAUGAUUAUAAUAUUAACAUAUCCGGUAGCAAUAAAAGUCAUGGAAAACUAACUGACUUGCCUUCAGGUUUAUAUUAAGUACCUAGAUUUUACUAACAAACAUAUUUAUUGACAUGCAAUAUAGAGUGUUUGGUAGCUCAAAAAUAUACCAAACAUCCUUAUACUAAAUAGGUUUCCAUACAACGAAUAUAUUGAUCGCAGUCUAUUUAAAAAAUAGAAUUUUAUACGUUGACUCAAUAUUAUUGUAUAUACACACGCUAGUUUAUUAAGUUUAAUAUAUUUUGUGCAAUAUAUAAAGUAAGUUUUUGAUUAUUUUUUAUUUAAAGGUUAGGGUUAAGAUGUAUUGGGUUGUAUACGCUCGUAUUCAUUCUUCUAUGGAAUGCUUAUGAUGAGUUAAAUUUUCUUAUUUAUUUUUUGCGUGUUCAAUUAUAUUUUUUGGUUUAG